AUGCGAAAAAAAUUUUCGACUAAAAGUCGAUUUACCAGUUACGGUGAAUUCUUUCGAUCGCUGAUGUUUUACCAAUAUAAAACUGGAUUCGUAUAUAACAAGAACUCAUGCACAACGGUCAGUACAUGUCGCGUUAAUGGCAUAAAGCCAAAUUUGCGGUAUUACUGGGCCCGUUUUUGCUGUUCUCAGGGACCAAAAGGAUCUGGAAAAGCACGAGACAAAGAAUUACAAAAUAAUCCGGAUGUUUGUCCCGCAAUGUUUAUAUUGAAAGCAAAGAACAAGAAAUACUUGAAAAUUUCUGAUAUUAAUGACAAGCACAAUCAUCCAUCGGAAUACGAAUGGACUUUUACGGAAAAAUCUAACACCGAACAAUCUGAAACCAGCAAUAAAGUGGUUCGAACAGCAGACAGAAGUGGUUCCAUAAAAAAAAAGAAAGAAACCAAGCGAACUCUUCCAGCCAAGAAUGCCGCAAUUGCAACAGAAUCGUUAGAAGAACAUGAAUCAGAUGCCGAAGACAUUAAUUUAGCGCCGGAGGAGCCUGAGGAUCCGGUAGACCUGUCUGAGGCUCUGCCUGUACUUGACGAGAUUGUCAGUCAACCAACAGUUCCUGCGAAGUCACAGAAGAUUAAGAAACAUCUGGUAGACUUGCAAGGAAACAAAGCUGUAAAAAAAAAACAUACUUCUAAGGUGACUAAUAAAAAAAAACAUAAAAUUAGUUCCGCGAUCAUUGGACCAACGGAUCCUGCAAAGUUAACUGACUCUGAAGAACACCUUCCCGACCUGUCUGAGGUUCAUACUGUGCUUAAACAGGAUGACGGGCAACUUACGGAUUCUGAGAAGUGUCGCGAGAAUGCCGCGAUUGAAAUAGAUUUAUCAGAAAAGAACUCAGAUGCCGAAGACAUUAAUUUAGCGCCGGAGGAGCUGGUAGACCUGUCUGGGAAAAUAGCCUGGGAGACCUGUCUGGGAGAUCACCGGAAGAAGCUUGAGGAUCCGACUGUACCUGACAAAAUUGUCAGUGGACCAAUGGGUCCUGAGAAGCCGAAGGAGCCUGAGGAUCCGGUAAAGCUGCCUGAGGCUCAGACUGCAAUUGCGAAGACCGUCAGUGGACCAACGGGUCCUGAGAAGCCGAAGGAGCCUGAAGAUCCGGUAGACUUGCAUGAAGCUCAGACUGCAUUUAAGAAAAUUGUCAGUGGACCGACGGGUCCUGAAAAGCCGAAGGAGCCUGAGGAUCUGGUAGAGCUGCCUGAGGCUCAGACUGCAAUUGCGAAGACCGUCAGUGGACCGACGGGUCCUGAAAAGCCGAAGGAGCCUGAGGAUCUGGUAGAGCUGCCUGAGGCUCAGACUGCAAUUGCGAAGACCGUCAGUGGACCGACGGGUCCUGAAAAGCCGAAGGAGCCUGAGAAUCUGGUAGAGCUGCCUGAGGCUCAGACUGCAAUUGCGAAGACCGUCAGUGGACCAACGGGUCCUGAGAAGCCGAAGGAGCCUGAAGAUCCGGUAGAGAAACGUCCGAUAGACCUACAAGGAAACAAACCUAUAAAAAGAAAACAUACUUCUAAGUUAAGUAAUAAAAAAAAAACAUAA